CAGGGCGUAAACGCUCAAUUUAGGAAUGGGUUUUGGAGUUCCGAGCCGCGAGCAAACAGUCGGCCUUCGGCUUGCGGGCCUUGGGAUGCGGCGCUUUGGAGUUCCAUCGCCCCCGCUACCUACCACGGAGUAAAUCCAGUCCAGGGUGCGGCGACUCACUGGCCUCAUGGGGUCGCAGCCGCCGCCGCCGGGGUCUCCGCUGUCUCGCGAGGAGGGUGAAGCGCCCCCCGUGGCGCCGCCUGCGGAGGAAGGGAGGCGCCGGAGCCGCCGGGUACGCCUCCGCGGAUCCUGCCGCCACCGGCCCAGCGUGCUGGCCCGACGGGAGCUGGCCUCUAGCGGCCCAGCCGGGCCUGCGACCGCGUCCUCCGAGAUAAUGGCCUCAGCUGCUAAAGAAUUUAGAAUGGACAACUUUUCACCUAAAGCUGGUACUAGCAAAUUGCAGCAGACAGUACCGGCUGACGCAUCUCCUGAUUCUAAGUGUCCUAUAUGCUUGGACAGAUUUGAUAAUGUGUCUUACUUAGAUCGCUGCCUGCAUAAGUUCUGUUUUCGCUGUGUGCAAGAGUGGUCAAAAAACAAAGCUGAAUGUCCACUAUGUAAACAGCCCUUUGAUUCUAUUUUCCAUUCUGUGAGGGCCGAAGAUGACUUCAAGGAAUAUGUCCUAAGGCCUUCAUAUAAUGAUUCUUUUCCUGCUCCUGAGGUUCGAAGAUUUCGCUACCGGACAACUAUGACAAGAGAACGGAGUGCUUCUCUUUACUCAACUAGUAGUACCGUAAAUAGAAGAACAACUACCCCACCAGACAGUGGAGUACUGUUUGAAGGGUUAAGCGUUUCAGCAAGACCUAGAGAUGUUGAAAUUCCUCAGUUUAUGAGACAAAUGGCAUUAAGAGGGCCAACUACUGCAGAUGAAAGAUCUUUGCGGAAAAUUCAGGAACAAGAUAUUAUUAAUUUUAGGCGAACUCUUUAUCGUGCUGGUGUUCGAGUUAGAAGCAUUGAAGACGGUGGCCGCUACAGGGAUAUUUCAGCUGAGUUCUUCCGUAGAAAUCCAGCUUGCCUUCAUAGAUUAGUCCCUUGGUUAAAACGUGAGCUUACGGUUCUUUUUGGAGCCCAUGGAUCUUUAGUCAAUAUUGUCCAGCACAUCAUUAUGAGUAAUGUUACUCGCUAUGAUUUGGAGAGUCAGGCAUUUGUGUCUGACUUAAGACCAUUUUUGCUUAAUAGAACUGAGCAUUUUAUACAUGAAUUUAUCAGUUUUGCUCGAUCUCCCUUCAACAUGGCAGCUUUUGAUCAGCAUGCUAAUUAUGAUUGCCCUCCUUCAUCUGAAGAAGGCAGCCAUUCUGAUUCUUCAGUCAUAACAAUAUCACCAGAUGAGGCUGAGACUCAAGAGCUGGAUAUGAAUGCAUCCACUGUUAGGCAGGCACCAUGGGAUGACGAAACUCCCGGGCCAUCUUACUCAAGUUCUGAGCAAGUGCAUGUUGGUAUGUCUUCCCUUUUAAAUUCUUCGGACAGUUCAGAUGAAGAACUUGUCCCCACGGGGGCCACCUCUCAGAUACAGGGAGUGCAGACCAAUGACGAUCUAAAUAAUGACAGUGAUUCAUCGUCAGAUAAUUGUGUCAUUGUUGGGUUUGUUAAGCCACUAGCUGAAAGGACCCCAGAACUUGUUGAACUGUCUUCUGAUUCUGAGGAGUUGGGCUCUUAUGAGAAGGUGGAAACGGUGAAGACACAAGAACAAGAGCAGUCUUACAGUUCUGGUGAUUCUGAUGCUAGUCGAUGUUCAUCUCCAUGUUCUGUUCUUGGAAAGGAUGAGCAAGUGAGUAAAAGCCAUUGUGGUGGUGGUGGUGGUGGUGGUGGUGGUGAUGACGAUGAUGAUGAUGAUGAUACAAGAAUAAAAUCAAAGAAAGAAGAGAAACGAUCUACAUCACUGUCAACUCCCAGAGACAGUUCAUCUACAAGAGGAGACAGAGGAUAUUCCCCAUAUAACCAUCGACACAGGAUGACAGGAAGAUCAAGAAGUUCAGAUUCACGUUCCCAGAGUAGAAGUGGGCAUGAUCAGAGGAAUCAUAGGAAGCAUCAUGGGAAGAAAAGAAUGAAGACUAAACGAUCCAGAAGUAGGGAGAGUAGUGGCAGACCUAGAGCAAGGAGGGACAAAAAGAGGUCAAGAACUAGAGAUAGCAGCUGGUCAAGGAAAAGCCAGACACUGUCUGUGAGUAGUGGAAGCAGCAGCAGGUCAAGGUCUCGUAGCAGUGACCAUGGCAAAAGAAGAUCACGAAGCAGAAAUCGAGAUCGCUAUUACUUAAGAAAUAAUUAUGGGAGCAAAUAUAAGUGGGAAUACACUUACUAUAGCAGAAACAAGGACAGGGAUGGUUAUGAAUCAUCAUAUAGGAAGAGGACUCUUUCAAGAGCCCAUUAUUCUAGACAGUCUUCAAGUCCAGAAUUCAGAAUUCAGUCUUUUUCUGAAAGAACAAAUGCUCGGAAAAAGAAUCACAGUGAAAGGAAAUACUACUACUAUGAAAGGCGCAGAUCAAGAAGCCUGUCUAGUAAUAGGUCACGGACUACGUCAACUGGGCCUGACCGGGUGCGAAACGAAAAGCCUGGAGGGAAACGGAAGUACAAAACCCGGCAUUUGGAAGGUACUAACGAAGUGGCUCAACCAUCUCGUGAUUGUGCUUCCAAAGGGAAGGACAGUCAUUACCAAAAAUCAUCAAAACUGGAUGGAAAUUACAAAAAUGAGAGCGAUAGCUUUUCAGAUAGCCGAUCAUCAGACCGAGAGACAAAACACAAGAAGAGGAAAAGGAGGACGCGAAGCCUAAGUGUAGAGAUAGUUUAUGAAGGAAAAACUGCUGACACAACUAAACACCAUAAAAAGAAAAAGAAGAAACAUAAGAAGAAGCACAAGAAACACCACGGAGAUAAUAAUACUUCACGUUCCCCAGUUGUCAUAACCAUCGACAGUGACAGCGACAAGGACGCGGAAGUAAAGGCGGGUGUGGAAUGUAGCACUAGUAAUCCUCCACAGCCUAUGCACAAUGAGCUUUUGACUCCUUCCUUGGAAGCAUUUGAAACGAAAGAUGUUGUCACCAUAGAAGAUGAGCCUUCUGUCUUGGACAAGGAAUGUGAUGUUACUGCACUUACUGAUGACUUGACUACCAGCCUGAUUGUGGAUAAUAGUGUACCACAGCCAGACUCGGUUGAACAAACUCUUGAUGUAAGAGAAGAAAGCACCUUUGCCUCAGAUUUGGAGAGCCAGCCCAGUAAUGGAUCUAUUCAGAUUGAGCCAUCAAGACCAUUGCCCUCUCCACGGACCUCAUUAUUGUCAGUGUCUUUUGGUAGAGACUGUGAUACGUCUUAAAACUGCCAAAGCAUCUCAUUCUUCAUUCAGAGGCUAUAGAGAAAAAGGAGGGGAAAGUCAUCAACUUGCAAUCUCGAUGACUUACAUUGGAAAAACUUUGCCUCUGAAAAUAUUUUAAGUGUUUUUGUGUGUGCGUGUGUGUUAAUUUGUAAACUUCAUUGUUUGUUCAAAAAGUUAUGUAUGUCCCAUCCCCAGAUAUAUGCACUUUUAAGUGAAGAAAUGUUGCUAGCAGUUUAUUUAAAACUUGGGAACCUUUUUAAAUAAAAAUAAAAAAAUUUAGAAGUUAUUUCAUAAAGCCA